CCGGCACGCAGCGAGGUGCAGGCCGAGGCGGGGACCAGCGCCACGCUGAGCUGCGAGGUGGCCCAGGCAAAGACGGAGGUGACGUGGUACAAGGACGGGAAGAAGCUGGGUGCGAGCUCCAGGAUGCGUGUGGAGGCCAAGGGCUGCAGGCGGCAGCUGGUGGUGCAGCAGGCGGGCGAGGCUGACGCUGGAGAGUACAGCUGUGAGGCCGGGGGCCAGAAGAUUUCCUUCCUUCUGGGUGUCACAGAGGCCCAGGUGGUGUUCGCCAAGGAGCAGCCGGCACGCAGCGAGGUGCAGGCCGAGGCGGGGACCAGCGCCACGCUGAGCUGCGAGGUGGCCCAGGCAAAGACGGAGGUGACGUGGUACAAGGACGGGAAGAAGCUGGGCGCGAGCUCCAGGGUGCGUGUGGAGGCCAAGGGCUGCAGGCGACAGCUGGUGGUGCAGCAGGCGGGCGACGCGGAUGCCGGGGAGUACAGCUGUGAGGCUGGGGGCCAGAAGGUCUCCUUCCAUCUGGAUGUCACAGAACCCAAGGCCGUGUUCGCCAAGGAGCAGCCGGCACGCAGUGAGGUGCAGGCCGAGGCGGGGACCAGCGCCACGCUGAGCUGCGAGGUGGCCCAGGCAAAGACGGAGGUGACGUGGUACAAGGACGGGAAGAAGCUGGGUGCGAGCUCCAGGGUGCGUGUGGAGGCCAAGGGCUGCAGGCGACAGCUGGUGUUGCAGGAGGUGGGCAAGGCGGAUGCCGGGGAGUACAGCUGUGAGGCUGGAGGCCAGAAGGUCUCCUUCCGCCUGGAAGUGAAAGAGUCCAAGGCAGUGUUUGCCAAGGAGCAGCCGACGAGCAGUGAGGUGCAGGCCGAGCGGGGGACCAGCGCCAUGCUGAGCUGUGAGGUAGCUCAGGCAAAGACUGAGGUGACGUGGUACAAGGAUGGGAAGAUGCUGGAAGCGAGCUCCAGGGUGCGCGUGGAGGCCAAGGGCUGCAGGCGGCAGCUGGUGGUGCUGCAAGCAGGCGAGGCUGACGCCGGGGAGUACAGCUGUGAGGCCGGGGGCCAGAAGGUCUCUUUCUGCCUGUGUGUAACAGAGCCUAAGGCCGUGUUCGCCAAGGAGCAGCCGGCACGCAGCGAGGUGCAGGCCGAGGAGGGGACCAGCGCCACGCUGAGCUGCGAGGUGGCCCAGGCAAAGACGGAGGUGACGUGGUACAAGGACGGGAAGAAGCUGGGUGCGAGCUCCAGGAUGCGUGUGGAGGCCAAGGGCUGCAGGCGGCAGCUGGUGGUGCAGCAGGUGGGCGAGGCCGACGCUGGGGAGUACAGCUGUGAGGCCGGGGGCCAAAAGGUCUCCUUCCACCUGGAUGUCACAGAACCCAAGGCCGUGUUCGCCAAGGAGCAGGCAGCAUGCAGUGAGGUGCAGGCUGAGGAGGGGACCAGCAUCACUCUGAGCUGUGAGGUGGCCCAGGCAAAAACGGAGGUGACGUGGUACAAGGACGGGAAGAAGCUGGGUGCGAGCUCCAGGGUGCGCAUGGAGGCUACGGGCUGCAAGCGGCAGCUGGUGGUGCAGCAGGCAGACGAGGCGGAUGCCGGGGAGUACAGCUGCGAGGCUGGGGGCCAGAAGGUCUCCUUCCACCUGGAAGUUAAAGAACCCAAGACGGUAUUCAUCAAGGAGCAGCUGGCGUGCAGCAAGGUGCAGGCUGAGGCAGGGGCCAGCACCACGCUGAGCUGUGAGGUGGCCCAAGCAAAGACGGAGGUGAUGUGGUACAAGGACGGGAAGAAGCUGGACGUGAGCUCAAGGGUGCACGUGGAGGCCACGGGCUGCAGGCGGCAGCUGGUGGUGCAGCAGGCGGGCGACGCGGAUGCUGGGGAGUACAGCUGCGAGGCCGGGGGCCAGAAGGUCUCCUUCCACCUGCAAGUAAAAGAACCCAAGGCAGUGUUCGCCAAGGAGCAGCCGGCACACAGCGAGGUGCAGGCUGAGGCAGGGACCAGUGCCACGCUGAGUUGUGAGAUGGCCCAAGCAAAGAUGGAGGUGACAUGGUACAAGGAUGGGAAGAAGCUGGAUGCGAGCUCCAGGGUGCGUGUGGAGGCCACGGGCUGCAGGAGGCAGCUGGUGGUGCAGCAGGUGGGCGAUGCGGAUGCCGGGGAGUACAGCUGUGAGGCCGGGGGCCAGAAGAUCUCCUUUCACCUGCAAGUUAAAGAGCCCAAGGUGGUGUUCGCCAAGGAGCAGCCAGCACACAGUGAGGUGCAGGCUGAGACUGGGACCAGUGCCACAUUGAGCUGCGAGGUGGCCCAGGCAAAGACGGAGGUGACGUGGUACAAGGACGGGAAGAAGCUGGGUGCGAGCUCUAAGAUGCGUGUGGAGGCCAAGGGCUGCAGGCGGCAGCUGGUGGUGCAGCAGGCAAAUGAGGCAGAUGCUGGGGAGUACAGCUGCGAGGCUGGAGGCCAGAAGAUCUUCUUCCGCCUGGAUGUCACAGAGGCAAAGGAGGUGUUUGUAAAGGAGCAGCCAGCACACAGUGAGGUGCAGGCUGAGGUAGGGGCCAGCGCCACACUGAGCUGCAAGGUGGCCCAGGCACAGACGGAGGUGGCAUGGUACAAGGACGGGAAGAAACUGGGCGCGAGCUCGAGGGUGCGCAUGGAGGCCACAGGCAGCAGGCGGCAGCUGGUGGUGCAGCAGGCAGGCGAGGCAGAUGCUGGGGAGUACAGCUGUGAGGCCGGGGGCCAGAAAGUCUCCUUCCGUCUGAAUGUCACAGAGCCAGAGAGCGAAGUUGCUGAGAGGCCCGGUCGCAGGGAGCCGCUGGUGGUCAAGGAACACGAAGACAUUGUCCUGACUGCCAGGCUGGCCACACCCUCAGUGGCAGCGGUGGCUUGGUUGAAGGAUGGCAUGGAGAUUCGCCGCAGCAAACGCCAUGAGAUUCGCAGUGUGGGCAGCACCCACACCCUGACUGUGCACCGCGCACAAGUGCUGGACAGUGCCGUGUACACAUGCCGCACUGGGGAGAGGCACCAGGACUUCCCAGUGCAAGUGGAAGAGGUGGCCGCCCGGUUCUCCAAGCCGCUUAUGCCCGUCACCGGGGAACUGGGUGGGACGGUGACACUGGCCUGCGAGCUGACCCCGGCACAGGCAGAGGUGGUCUGGCGCCAUGGAGACAUGCAGCUGCGGCCCAGCAAGCGGAUCCGGGUAGAGGCGGAGGGCGAGGUGCGCUCGCUGACUGUGUCCGGGCUGCGGGCAGAGGAUGCAGGGGAGUACACGUGUGAGAGCCGCGACGGAUAUACGAGUGCGCGCCUGGAGGUCCGCGAGCCCCGCAUGGUGCAGUUCACGUCCCCGCUGAACGCUGUGGUGGCUGAGGAGGGUGGCAAGGCCACCUUCGAGUGUGUGGUGUCGCCCGAGGAUGCAGAGGUCGUGUGGUUCCGGGAUGGCAUCCCCCUGGAGCCUGGUGGGAAAUUUGUGAUGUCGCAGAGUGGUGCGUGCUGUAGUCUGACCAUGGCGGGCCUGGCACUUGGGGACGCAGGGGAGAUCACCGCGUCUGCUGAGGGCGCCUCAUGCUCUGCCAUGCUGCGGGUUCGAGAGGCGCCUGUGCUGUUCCGACGGAAGCUGGAGCCUUGGACAGUGCAGGAGGGGAGCACUGUGACCCUGGAGGUGGAGCUGUCUCGGCCCUGGCCUCAAGUUGGGUGGACGCGCAACGCUGCCACCCUGGAGCCCGGUGACAAUGUGGAGAUCCAUGCGGAAGGCACAUGCCACCGCCUGGUGCUGCGAAGUGUGGGCUUCGCCGACCGAGGCUUCUAUGGCUGUGAGACGCCCGAUGACAAGACGCAGGCCAAGCUCACGGUGGAGAUGUGCCAGGUCGCCCUGGUUCGAGGCCUGCAGGCAGUAGAGGCCAAGGAACAGGGUGUGGCCACCAUGGAGGUGGAGCUGUCCCACCCCAGCGUGGAGGGUGUUUGGACUCGGGAUGGUGUGCGGCUGCAGCCAGGGCCCACGUGCCACCUGGUGGUGAAUGGCCCCAUCCACAGCCUCACACUCUCGGGGCUGCGGCCCCAGGACAGUGGGCUGGUGACUUUCCGGGCAGAAGGCCUGCAGACCUCAGCGCGACUGGUCGUUACUGAGCUACCUGUGACCUUCAGCCACCCACUGCAGGAUGUAGUGGCGACCCAGAAAGAGAAGGUGACACUGGAGUGUGAGCUGUCCCGUCCCAGCGUCACUGUACGCUGGCUGAAGGAUGGCCUGGAGCUGAAGCCAGGCAAGGCUGUGGGCAUGACAGCCCAGGGCACCCGAAGAAGCCUGGUUAUCUACUGCUGUGAGGUGGGGGAUCAGGGCAUGUAUGUGUGCGAUGCAGGUGACUCUCAGAGUUGUGCCUCCCUUGAGGUGCAAGGCCGCAAAGUUCAGAUUGUGAGGCCCCUGGAGAAUGUGGAGGUGAUGGAGAAGGAGGGUGCCACCUUCUCCUGUGAGGUGUCUCACUGUGAGGUGCCCAGCCAGUGGUUUCUGAAGGGAAGUAAGCUUCGGCCAACUGACAACGUGCGCAUCCGCCAGGAAGGAAGGACACACACUCUCCUGCUCCGGAGGGUUCUGAAGGAGGAUGAAGGGGAGGUCAGGUUGGUAGCUGAAAAUGCAGAAUCUCAAGCCCAGCUCCGAGUGAAAGAGCUGCCAGUGACCCUGCUGCGCCCGCUGCGGGACAAGAUCGCCAUGGAGAAGCACCGUGGGGUGCUUGAGUGCCAGGUGUCCCGGGCCAGUGCUAAGGUGCGGUGGCUCAAAGGUGGUGUUGAGCUGCAGCCAGGCCCCAAGUACGAGAUGGUCAGCGAUGGUCUCUACCGCAAGCUGGUCAUCAGCAGCGUGCAGCCUGAAGAUGAGGACACCUACACAUGUGAUGCCGGUGAUGUCAAGACCAGCGCCCAGUUCUUUGUGGAAGAGCAAUCCAUCACCAUUGUGCGGGGCCUGCAGGAUGUGACGGUGAUGGAGCCUGCGCCUGUCUGGUUCGAGUGCGAGACCUCUAUCCCCUCGGUGCGGCCGCCCAAGUGGCUGCUAGGCAAGACGGUGCUGCAGGCAGGAGCAAACGUGGGCCUGGAGCAGGAGGGCACAGUGCACCGGCUGGCACUGCGGAGGACCUGCUCCACCAUGACAGGCCCCGUGCACUUCACCAUUGGCAAGGCGCGCUCCUCUGCCCACCUGGUGGUCUCGGACAUCCCUGUCACACUGGUGCGGCCGCUGGAGCCCAAGGUGGGCCGUGAGCAGCAGUCAGUGGUGCUGUCCUGUGACUUCCGGCCAGCCCCCAAGGCCGUGCAGUGGUACAAGGAUGACACACCGCUUGCUCCAUCCAAGAAGUUCAAGAUGGUGCUGGAGGGCCAGAUGGCCGAGCUGCGCAUCCUGCGGCUCAGCCCCGCCGAUGCUGGUGUCUACAGGUGCCAAGCGGGAAGUGCAGAAAGCAGUGCUGAGGUCACUGUGGAAGCACGGGAGGUGAAGGUGACACAGCCGCUGCAGGAUACUGAGGCCACUGAGGAGGGCCGGGCCUGCUUCUCCUGUGAGCUGUCCCAGGAGGAUGAAGAGGUUGAAUGGUCACUCAAUGGGAUGCCACUGUAUAAUGACAGCUUCCACGAGAUCAUUCAUGAGGGUCGGCGCCACACGCUGGUGCUCAAGAGUGUCCGGCAGGCAGACGCAGGCAUGGUCCGUGCCAGCUCCCCGAAGGUGUCGGCCACAGCCCGGCUGGUUGUCCGAGCGAAGCCGGUGGUGUUCCUGAAGGCGCUGGAUGAUGUGUCAGUGGAGGAGCAUGGCAUGCUGGCUCUACAGUGUGAGGUGUCUGACCCCACAGUCCAUGUGGUGUGGUGCAAGGAUGGUGUGGAGCUGGGUCCCGGGGACAAGUACGAUUUCCUGCACACAGCAGGCACACACAGCCUAAUGGUACAUGACCUGGGCCGUGAGGAUGCCGGCUUAUAUACCUGCCACGUGGGCAGUGAGGAGACACAGGCCCGGGUCAGCGUGCACGACCUGCAUGUGGGCAUCACCAAGAGGCUGAAGACGGCAGAGGUGCUGGAGGGGGAGACCCACAGCUUCGAAUGUGUGCUGUCCCACGAGAACAAGGGUGACCCUGCCAUGUGGACAGUUGGUGGGAAGAUGGUGGGAAGCUCUGGCCGCUUCCAGGCUGCAUGCCAGGGCCGCAAGUACACGCUGACAGUGCAGGAUGCCGUGCUGGGGGAUGCUGGAGAGGUGGUCUUCUCUGUUCAGGGCCUCACCUCCAAGGCCUCGCUGCUUGUCCGAGAGAGGCCAGUGGUCAUUGUGAAGCCCCUAGAGGACCAGCAGGCCAUGCCAGGGGAAGAUGCGGUGCUGAGCUGUGAGCUCUCACGGGCGGGUGCCCCUGUGCGUUGGCUGAAGGACGGGAAGGCCAUCCGCAAGGGGCAGAAGUAUGACAUGCUCAGCGAGGACACGCGGGCAGUGCUGGUAGUGCGUGGGGCCUCGUUCAGGGACUCCGGCGAGUAUUCGUGUGAGAUGGGCGCUGCCAAGAGUGCCGCCAGGCUCCGUGUGGAGGAAAGGGCAAAUCGGUUCACUGAGGAGCUGACCAACCUGCAGGCCCAGGAGCGGGGCACAGCUGUGUUCACCUGUAAGACAGAGCAGCUGGCAGCCACCGUGACUUGGCGCAGGGACGCCAUGGAGCUGCGGGCCUCAGGGAAGCAUGCACCCAGCCAGGAGGGCUUGAUCCUGAGGCUCACCAUCAGUGCCCUGACACUGGCUGAUAGUGGCACCUACACCUGUGACAUUGGCCAGGCCCAGUCCCAGGCUCGGCUCCAGGUGCAAGGCCAGAGUGUGUGCAUCACUGAGGACCUGGAGGAUGCCGAGGUGCAGGAGGGCGCCUCAGCCACUUUCUGCUGCCGCCUGUCCCCCGCUGACUACAACCCUGUUCGCUGGUUUCUGGACCAGACACCCCUACAUGCCGACGGAAUCAAAGAGAUUGAGGCCCAGCCCGGGGGCUACCAUGUGCUCACCCUGCGGCAGCUGGCGCUCAAGGACACAGGCACCAUCUACUUUGAAGCGGGUGACCAGCGUUCCUCAGCCGCCUUGCGGGUCACAGAGAAGCCGAGCAUCUUCUCCCGGGUGCUCUCGGACACCAUGGUCACGGAGGGAGAAGACCUGGCUCUGCUCUGUGAGACCACCGCUCCAGACAGCCCGGUGCUCUGGACCAAGGAUGGGAAGAAGCUGCGGCCCUCCCCCCGGUGCCGGCUGAGCUACGAGUGUGGCCAAGCCCAGCUGGUCAUUACUGAAGCUGGCCUGCAGGACAGUGGCCGGUACAAAUGCGAGGCUGGUGGGGCCUCGAGCAGCGCCAUUGUCAGGGUCCACGCUCGGCCGGUGCGGUUCCGGGAGGCCCUGAAGGAUGUAGAGGUGCUGGAGGGUGGUGCGGCCACACUGCGCUGUGUGCUGUCAUCUGUGGCUGCACCUGUGGAGUGGUGUCAUGGAGACAGUGUCCUGAGGACCAGUGGCAAGUACAGUCUACGCCAGGAGGGUGCCGUGUUGGAGCUGGUCAUCCGGGACCUGCAGCCCCUGGACAGUGGCUGCUACUCCUGCUCCUUCGGGGACCAGAAGACUUCGGCCAUGCUCACUGUGAAGCCCCUGCUGACCCACUUCAUAGGAAGACUGAGAGACAAGGAGGCCACAGAGGGGGCCACAGCCACGCUACGAUGUGAGCUGAGCGAAGAGGCAGCUGUGGAGUGGAGGAAGGGGACAGAGACCCUCAGGGACGGGGACAGACACAGCCUGAGGCAGCAUGGGGCCGUGUGUGAGCUGCAGAUCCGUGGCCUGGCCGUGGUGGACGCUGGGGAGUACUCGUGCGUAUGUGGGCAGGAGAAGACCUCGGCCACGCUGACCGUGAGAGCCCUGCCGGCCCACUUCAUAGGAAGACUGAGAAACAACGAGGCUGCAGAAGGAGCCACGGCCGUGCUGCGGUGUGAGCUGAGCAAGGAGGCAGCUGUGGAGUGGAGGAAGGGGACAGAGACCCUCAGGGACGGGGACAGACACAGCCUGAGGCAGCAUGGGGCCGUGUGUGAGCUGCAGAUCCGUGGCCUGUUUGUGGCAGACACUGGGGAGUACUCGUGCGUAUGUGGGCAGGAGAGGACCUUGGCCACACUGACCGUGAAGGCCCUGCCUGCCAAGUUCACAGAAGGUCUGAGGAAUGAAGAGGCCACGGAAGGGGCCACAGCCACUCUGCGGUGUGUGCUGAGCAAAGAGGCCCCCGUGAAGUGGAGGAAAGGAACAGAGACCCUCAGAGAGGGGGACAGACACAGGCUGAGGCAGGACGGGACCGUGUGUGAGCUGCAGAUCCGUGGCCUGGCCGUGGCAGACUCUGGGGAGUACUCGUGUGUGUGUGGGCAGGAGAGGACCUCAGCCACGCUGACCAUCCAGGCCCUGUCAGCCACAUUCACAGAAGGUCUGAGGAAUGAAGAGGCCACAGAAGGGGCCACAGCCACUCUGCGGUGUGUGCUGAGCAAAGAGGCCCCCGUGGAGUGGAGGAAAGGAACAGAGACCCUCGGAGAGGGGGACAGACACAGGCUGAGGCAGGACGGGGCCGUGUGUGAGCUGCAGAUCCGUGGCCUGGCUGUGGCGGACUCUGGGGAGUACUCGUGUGUGUGUGGACAGGAGAGGACCAUGGCCACGCUAGCUGUCAAGGUCGUGCCUGCCAGGUUCAUAGAAGAUCUGAGAAUCCAAGAGGCCACGGAAGGGGCCACAGCCACUCUGCGGUGUGUGCUGAGCAAAGAGGCCCCCGUGGAGUGGAGGAAAGGAACAGAGACCCUCGGAGAGGGGGACAGACACAGGCUGAGGCAGGACGGGGCCGUGUGCGAGCUGCAGAUCCGUGGCCUGGCCGUGGCAGACUCUGGGGAGUACUCGUGUGUGUGUGGGCAGGAGAGGACCUCAGCCACGCUGGACAUCAGUGCCCCACAGGUGGUGUUCCGGGAGCCACUACAGAACCUGCAGGCUGAAGAGGGCUCCACAGCCAGCCUGCGGUGUGAGCUCUUGGUACCUGAUGCCCCAGUGGUCUGGAGCAAGGGUGGCCUGGAGCUGCAGGCUGAUGGGCGCCGGGAGCUGAAGCGGCAGGGCUGCACUGCAGAGCUCUUGCUGCAGGACCUGCGCCGGGAGGACGCGGGCGAGUACAGCUGCACCUGUGGAGCACAGGCCACUAGCGCCAUGCUCACAGUCACAGCGGCACCUGUGUGGUUCCUACGGGAGCUGCAGGCCCAGGAAGUGGUGGAGGGGGACACUGUACACCUGAGUUGUGAGCUGAGCCGGGCAGGAGCCAGCCUGGAGUGGCGAAAGGGUGCCCUGCAGCUCUUCCCCUGUGCUAAGUACCAAAUGCUGCAGAAAGGCUUGGUGGCUGAGCUGCAGGUGUGUGGGGCAGAACCAGAGGAUGCAGGUGACUACAUAUGUGACACGGGCCACCGGCAGAGCGUGGCUCAUCUCACGGUCCGAGCUGCCAAGCCAAGGUUCCAGACUGAACUGCAGAGUGUGGAGCAGGAGGCAGGCAGCAUGGCCAGGCUGUGCUGUCAGCUGAGUGAGGUGGAGCCUGGGGCCCCAGUUCGGUGGUUCAAGGAAGGCAUGGAGCUGUGUGCUGGCCCCAAAUAUGAGAUGCGGUGCCAGGGGGCCAUGUGCGAGCUGCUGGUCCAUGGGCUGGAGGCCAAGGACACGGGAGAGUAUGCAUGUGCAGUGGGCGGCCAGAAGACCUCGGCCUCCCUCAGGGUCAAUGAACCUGAAGUGACCAUUGUGCAGGGGCUGGUGGAUGCUGAGGCACAGGCCGAUGAGGAUGUGGAGUUCAGCUGUGAGGUGUCACAGGCUGGGGCUGCAGAUGUGCAGUGGCAUCUCCAGGGGCUGCCACUGCAGAGCAACGAGGUGACAGAGAUGGCCUUGCGGGACGGUCGGACCCACAUCCUCCAGCUGAAGGGUGUGACGCCCGAGGACACCGGCACUGUCUCCUUCUGUGUGGGCAGGCACACGUCCUCGGCUCAGCUCACCGUGAGAGCCCCCAAGGUGACCAUCCUGGAGCCCCUGCAGAACGUGCAGCUCAGCGAAGGCCAGGAUGCCCACUUCCAGUGCCAGCUAUCCAGGGCCUCAGGCCAGGAGGCCCACUGGACCUUGGCUGGGGUGCCUUUACAGGCCAAUGAGAUGAACGACAUCACUGUGGAACACGGCACACUCCACUCACUCACCCUGCACAAGGUGACCCUCGAUGAUGCUGGAACUGUCGCUUUCCAAGCAGGAUCUUGUAGCUCAGAAGCCCAGCUUAUAGUGACAGAGGCAGCACCGUGCCUGGUUCGUGGCUUGCAGAAUGUGGAUGUCUUCGCAGGGGAGGUGGCUGUCUUCUCCUGCGAGGUGUCUCGGGCAGGGGGGCCGCAGGCCCACUGGUGGCUGGAUGGUGCCCUGCUGCAGGACAGCCCCCAGAGCACCAUUGCUGUAUGCGAUGGGACCAUCCAUUCCCUCCAGCUCUCAGGCCUGGGGGUGGCUGACUCAGGCACCGUCACCUUCCGUACUGGGCCCCUGGUAUCCACAGCCAAGCUGUUGGUCAAAGAUCCCAUGGUGGAGGUGGUCAGUGCCAUGCGGGACCUGGUGGUGGAGGAGGGCGGCUCAGCUGAGCUCCUCUGCCAGUACUCACGGCCUGUGCAGGCCUUGUGGAAGAUGGACGAGCGGGAGGUGUGUGCAGAUGGGCAGCGUGUCAUCAUAGAGCAGGACUGGACCGUGGCCAGGCUCACCUUCAGGCCGGCCCUGCCCUGUGACAGUGGCAUCUAUUCUUGUGAGGCUGCGGGCACCCGAGUGGUGGCACUGCUACAAGUGCAAGCAAAGAACACAGUGGUCCGUGGCCUUGAGAAUGUGGAUGUGCCUGAGGGGGGCGAGGCGCUGUUUGAGUGCCAGCUGUCGCGGCCUGAGGUGGCAGCGCACACGUGGUUGUUGGACGACAAGCCUGUGCACACAUCGGAGAACGCUGAGGUCGUCUACUUUGAGGGCGGCCUGCGCCACCUGCUGCUGCUGAAGAACCUGCGGCCACAGAACAGCUGCCGGGUCACCUUCCUGGCUGGGGAUGUGGUCACCUCUGCUUUUCUCACCGUUAGAGGCUGGCGUCUGGAGGUCUUGGAACCCCCACACGAUGUGGCAGUCCGGGCAGGUGACCAGGCCUGCUUCUCCUGCACGCUCAGUGAGGCAGUGCCCAUGGGCGAAGCCAUCUGGUACCUCAAUGGUGCGGCAGUGCUUGCCGACGAUGCAGACUGGACAGUGACCUCUGACGGAAGCCAUCAUGCCCUGCUGCUGCACUGUGCCCGUCCGUGCCAUGCUGGCGAGGUCACCUUUGCUGCCUGUGAUGCUGUGGCCUCGGCGUGGCUGUCCGUGCUGGGACUCCCUGAUCCCCCGGAGGAUGCUGAGGUCGUGGCACGCAGCAGCCAUGCGGUGACACUGUCCUGGGCAGCUCCCAUGAGUGAUGGUGGUGGGGGUCUUUGUGGCUACAGGGUGGAGAUGAAGGAGGGGUCCACGGGCCAGUGGCAGCUGUGCCAUGAGCUGGUUCCGGGGCCUGAGUGUGUGGUGGAUGGCUUAGCCCCUGGGGAAACCUAUCGCUUCCGUGUGGCAGCCGUAGGCCCGGCUGGUGCGGGAGAGCCUGUGUACCUGCCCCAGAUGGUCCAGCUGGAGUCUGCUGAGCCUGGGCCUGCUGAGCCCAAGCCUCCUAUGCCCAUGGACCCCAAGUCCCGGCAGGUGGCAGCUGGUGAGGACGUCUGUCUGGAGCUGGAAGUGGCAGCUGAGGUUGGAGAGGUUGUGUGGCACAAGGGGACAGAGCUCAUUCAGCACAGUGGACGCUUUGAGGUUGUCUCUCGUGGCCGGCAGCAGAUGCUGGUGAUCAGGGACUUUAAGGAGGAAGACCAGGGCGAGUACUGCUGUGGUCCUGCCCAGGGCCUGGACACCAAGGUGGCCACUUUCCAGGUGAUACUGAGCCCUGACUUUGGGCAUGAGGCUCCCAUGCAGCCCAGCCUGCCUCCUGAGGCGGCCCAGGAGGGUGACCUGCACCUGCUCUGGGAGGCACUGGCCCGGAAGCGCCGCAUGAGCCGUGAGCCCACACUGGACUCCAUCAGUGAGCUGCCUGAGGAGGACAGCCGUGUGCAGUGCCUGAGGCAGGAGGUGGAGGAGGUGGCCCCUGACCUCUCUGAGGGCUAUUCUACGGCAGAUGAGCUGGCUCGCACCGGAGAGGCUGACCUCUCACACACCAGCUCAGACGACGAGUCACGGGCAGGCACCCCCUCUCUGGUGACCUACCUCAAGAAAGCUGGCAGGCCUGGGGCCUCACCCCUGACCAGUAAGCUUGGAGCCCCAGCUACCCCUUCUGUGAAGCCCCAGAGACAGCAGGAGCAGCCCCCCACUGCGCACCUGCCUCCAGGAGACUCGAGCACUGAGGGUCUGGGUGACCCCUCCAUGGACAGAGCAGCUGUGAAGAUCCAAGCUGCCUUCAAAGGCUACAAGGUCCGCAAGGAGAUAAAGCAGCAGGAAAGGCCUGUUUUCUCCCGCACCUUUGGGGAUACAGAGGCACAAGUGGGUGAUGCCCUGCGGCUGGAGUGUGUGGUGGCCAGCAAGGCAGAUGUGCAGGCCUGCUGGCUGAAAGAUGGGGUGGAGCUGACAGAUGGACGACACUACCACAUGGACCAGCUAGGGGAUGGUACCUGCUCUCUGCUGGUCACUGGCCUGGGCCAUGUCGAUGCUGGCCGUUACACAUGUCGGGUGAGCAGCAGGUUUGGUCAAGUGAGCCACAGCGCCUGUGUGGUGGUCAGUGGCACGGAAAGCGAGGCUGAGAGCUCCUCGGGGACUGAGCUGGACGAAGCCUUCCGACGGGCUGCCCGGCGCCUGCACCGGCUCUUUCGCACCAAGGGCCCAGCUGAGGUCUCGGAUGAGGAGCUCUUCCUCAGCGCCGAUGAGGGCCCUGCAGAGCUGGAGGAGCCUGCUGACCACGGGCAGACCUACCACGAGGAUGAGCGCUUCAUCUGCAUCCGCUUCGAAGCACUCGAAGAGGCCCGCCGGGCCAGCACCUGCUUUCAGGACAUGUUUGCCACCAUGGGUGUCACGGUGGACAUCCGCCUCACGGAGCAGGGGCCUCGGGCAGUGGAGAUGCGUAUAGGCAAGGUGGUGCCCAAUCCUGCCAUGCCUCGGGAGCCAGAGCCUGGCCUGCAGCCCUCUGAUGCUGCCCCCAUGUUCUUGACGGAGCUACAGAACCAAGAGGUGCAGGAUGGGUACCCUGUGAGCUUCGACUGCAUGGUGACAGGCCAGCCCCUGCCCAGCGUGCGCUGGUUCAAGGAUGGGAAGCUGCUGGAGGAGGACGACCAUUACAUGAUCAACGAGGACCAGCAGGGUGGCCACCAGCUCAUCAUCACCUCUGUGGUGCCUGCGGACAUGGGCGUCUACCGCUGCCUGGCUGAGAAUAGCGUGGGCGUCUCCUCCACCAAGGCUGAGCUCCGUGUGGAGCUGACCAGCACAGACUACGACACUGCAGCCGAUGCCACGGAGACUUCAUCCUACUUCAGUGCCCAGGGAUACUUGUCCAGCCGGGAGCAAGAGGGCACAGAGUCAGAUGAGGGGCAGCUUCCUCAGGUGGUGGAGGAACUGAAGGACCUGCAGGUGACUCCAGGCACACGCCUGGCCAAGUUCCAGCUCAAGGUGAAAGGCUACCCAGUCCCCAGACUGUACUGGUUCAAAGAUGGCCAGCCUCUGACUGCAUCUGCUCACAUCCGCAUGACAGACAAGAAGAGCUUGCACACCCUGGAGAUCAUCACAGUUACCCGGGAGGACACUGGCCAGUACUCGGCCUACGUCAGCAACACUGUGGGCACUGCCUACUCAUCUGCCCGGUUGUUGGUCCGCGGCCCUGAGGACCCUGAGGAGAAGCUGGCCUCAGAUGUGCAUGACCAGCUGGUGCCACCCCGGAUUCUGGAGAGGUUCACCCCCAAGAAGGUGAAGCGGGGCUCUAGCAUCACGUUUUCCGUGAAGGUAGAAGGACAGCCUGUCCCUGCUGUGCACUGGCUCCGGGAGGAAGUAGAGAGGGGUGUGCUAUGGAUCGGUCCUGACACUCCAGGCUACACAGUGGCUAGCUCGGGCCAGCAGCACAGCCUGGUGCUGCUGAAUGUGGGCCGUCAACACCAGGGCACCUACACCUGCAUUGCAUCCAACGCUGCCGGCCAGGCCCUGUGCUCCGCCAGCCUGCAUGUUUCUGGCCUGCCUCAGGAGGAGGAGCCAGAGAAGGCAAAGGAAGCUCUCAUUUCCUCUUUCCUGCAGGGGACCACUCAAGCUAUCUCUGCACAGAUGUUAGAAUCUGCAGGUGUCACCAGCCUGGCUGGACAGAGGAAAGGUGAGGCCCUGGUAGCUGAGGAAGAACAUGGCCACUUGUCACUUGCUGAGGUGGGCACAGAGGAGUUCCUGCAGAAGCUCACCUCCCAGAUCUCUGAGAUGGUGUCUGCCAAGAUCACACAGGCUAAGCUGCAGGUGCCUGGAGGUGACAGUGAUGAGGAGUCCAAGACACCAUCUGCAUCGCCCCGGCAUGGCCGCUCACGGCCUUCAUCCAGCGUGCAGGAGUCCUCUUCAGAGUCAGAGGACGGGGACUCCCGUGGUGAGAUCUUUGACAUCUACGUGGUCACUGCCAACUACCUCCCCCUGGGAGCUGAGCAGGAUGCCAUCAUGCUGCGGGAGGGGCAGUACGUAGAGGUGCUCGAUGCGGCUCACCCACUGCGCUGGCUCGUGCGCACCAAGCCUACCAAGUCCAGUCCCUCCCGGCAAGGCUGGGUGUCACCAGCCUACCUGGAUAAGAGGCUCAAGCUGUCACCAGAGUGGGGGCCCCCCGAGGCCCCUGAUUUCCCAGGGGAGGCCAUGUCUGAAGAUGAGUACAAGUCGAAGCUCAGCGCUAUCAUCCGGGAGCUGCUGAGCUCAGAACAGGAUUUUGUGGGUGAGCUGCACUUCCUCCAGAGCCACCACAUGCAGCACCUGGACUGCUGUCCCCGUGUGCCCCCUGCUGUGGCCAGCCAGAAGGAGGUCAUCUUCCGCAAUGUGCAGGACAUCAGCUGCUUCCACAGCAACUUCCUGAAGGAGCUGCAACGCUGUGACACAGAUGAUGAUGUGGCUAUGUGCUUCAUCAAGAACCAGGAGGCUUUCGAGAAGUACCUGGAGUUCCUGGUGGGCCGUGUUCAGGCUGAGGCGGUGGUCAUUAGCACCCCAGUGCAGGAGUUCUAUAAGAAGUAUAUGGAGGAAACGCUGCCUACCAGGGACCCUUCGCAGCCCCCGCCACUCCCACUGCAGCACUACCUGGAGCAGCCAGUGGAGCGUGUGCAGCGUUACCAGGCUCUGCUGAAGGAGCUGAUCCGGAACAAGGCCCGCAAUCGGCAGAACUGUGCGCUGCUGGAGCAGGCCUAUGCUGUGGUGUCUGCCCUGCCCCAGCGUGCGGAGAACAAGCUGCACGUGUCUCUCAUGGAGAACUACCCAGGCACCCUGGAGGCCCUCGGGGAGCCCAUUCGCCAGGGCCACUUCAUCGUGUGGGAGGGUACACCGGGUGCCCGGAUGCCUUGGAAGGGCCACAAGCGCCAUGUCUUCCUCUUCCGCCACCACCUGGUGAUCUGCAAGCCCCGGCGGGACUCACGUACUGACACCUUUAGUUACGUGUUCCGUACCAUGAUGAAGCUGAGCAGCAUCGACCUGAACGACCAGGUGGAAGGGGAUGACCGUGCCUUUGAGGUGUGGCACGAGCGCGAAGACUCUGUGCGAAAGUACCUGCUGCAGGCGCGGACAGCCGUCAUCAAGAGUUCGUGGGUGAAGGAAAUCUGUGGUAUCCAGCAGCGCCUGGCCCUGUCCGUGUGGAGUGCCCCGGAGUUUGAAGAGGAGCUAGCCGACUGUACAGCCGAGCUGGGCGAGACGGUGAAGCUGGCCUGCCGUGUGACGGGCAUGCCAAAGCCCAUUGUCAGCUGGUACAAAGAUGGGAAGCCAGUGGAAGUGGACCCUCACCACAUCCUCAUUGAAGACCCCGACGGCUCAUGUGCCCUCAUCCUGGACACCCUCACUGGUGUGGACUCCGGCCAGUACAUGUGCUUUGCAGCCAGUGCUGCUGGAAGCGCCAGCACCUUGGGGAAGAUCCUGGUGCAAGUCCCCCCAAGGUUUGUGAACAAGGUUCGGGCUGGGCCCUUCGUGGAAGGUGAGGAUGCCCAGGUCACUUGCACCAUCGAGAGUGCCCCGUACCCUCAAGUCAGGUGGUACAGGAACGGGGCUCUGCUGAGCCAGGGAAGCAAGUAUGGCAUGCUGAGUGAGCCCCGCAGCGGGAUGCUGGCACUGGUGAUCCGGGCAGCCAGCCACGAGGACCUGGGGCACUAUGAGUGUGAACUGGUGAACCGGCUAGGCAUGGCCCGAGGGGGCACGGAGCUGAGUGUGCAGAGUCCUGUGCUUCGGGCCCAGGACCAGCGGCAUAGGGAGCUGCUCUUGGCUGCCAUGGAAGAGGCUGCCUUUGAGGACUCCGUCCACCCUGUCCCUGAUGGAACCCACCUGGAGGUGUCACCUACUCUGCUUCAGGGAUCCGAGGCUCCAGCCCCCUCUGCAGGGGACUCUACAGGGGACUUCAUUGUUCCCAGCCCCACUGAGCCAUCUGUGUCCCAGGAGGCCAGGCCUCAGCCCUUGGGUGUGGGAUCCUCGAGUGCAUCUGCCGACCUCCUGGGAGUAACACAGCCCCUCCCCCACGAAGGCCCGGAAUGGGAGCUGUUGUCCACCGAAGGGGCCCAGGGACGGACGGUGCCCAUCUGGGUGGAAGACGCAGCCUGGCAGGUGGCCGGGCCAGGGCAGCUGCUCUGGGAUGUCCACAGCCGCGUGGUCACCGAGACUACACAGAGCACCUAUGUGUUCCAGGCCACUGAUGUGGGCGCUGCAAGUCCCCCAUCCAUGCAAGUCACCAUCGAGGAUGUGCAGGUCCAGGCAGGUGGCACAGCACAAUUCGAGGCUGUCAUCGGGGGCAACCCACAGCCAACAGUGACUUGGUACAAGGAUGGCAUCCAGCUGGUGGACAGUGCCCGUCUCCAGCAGCAGCAGGAUGGAACUUCAUACUCCCUGAUGCUGAUGGACACGACCCAGGCGGAUGCUGGGGUCUAUACCUGCAUGGCCCACAAUGCUGGUGGUCAGGUGCUCUGCAAGGCAGAGCUGCUGGUCCUCAGGGGGGACAGUGAGCCAGACUCUGAGAGGCAGAGUUACCGGAGGAAGCUGCAGUCCUUCUAUGAGGUCCAGGAGGAGAUUGGGAGGGGUGUGUUUGGCUUUGUGAAGAGGGUGCAGCACAAAGGAAACAAGAUGUCCUGUGCUGCCAAGUUCAUCCCUCUGCGGAGUAGGACACAUGUGCAGGCCUACCAGGAGCGGGACAUCCUGGCCACCCUCAGCCACCCACUGGUCACUGGGCUGCUGGACCAGUUUGAGACACGGAAGACCCUCAUCCUCAUCCUGGAGCUGUGCUCAUCUGAGGAGCUGCUGGAUCGCCUCUUCAAGAAAAGUGUGGUGACUGAGGCUGAGGUCAAGGUCUAUAUCCAGCAGCUGGUAGAGGGGCUGCAGUACCUGCACAGUCAUGGCGUCCUCCACCUGGACAUAAAGCCCCCCAACAUCCUGAUGGUACACCCUGCUCGGGAAGACAUUAAAAUCUGUGACUUUGGCUUUGCCCAAAAACUCACACCUUUGGAGCCGCAGUACAGCAAGUAUGGUGCUCCUGAGUUUGUGUCCCCUGAGAUCAUCCAGCAGGCACCCGUGAGCGCAGCAUCUGACAUCUGGGCCAUGGGGGUCAUCUCCUACCUCAGCCUGACCUGCUCGUCCCCAUUUGCUGGCGAGAGUGACCGUGCCACCCUCCUGAACAUCCUCGAGGGACGGGUGUCCUGGAGCAGCCCUACAGCUGCCCACCUCAGCGAAGAUGCCCGGGACUUCAUCCAGGCCACGCUGCAGCAGGACCCAGAGGCCCGGCCCAGUGCUGCCAGCUGUCUUGCCCACCCUUGGUUCCUGACGUCUGUGCCUGCUGAGGAAGCCUACUUCAUCAACACCAAACAGCUCAAAUUCCUCCUGGCCCGCAGCCGCUGGCAGCGCUCCCUGAUGAGCUACAAGUCCAUCCUGGUCAUGCGGUCCAUCCCCGAGCUGCUCCAGGGCCCACCCGACAGCCCAUCCCUUGGUGUGGCCCGGCACCUGCGCCCAGAUGCCAGUGACUCCUCCAGCUCUUCCUCCUCGGACCACGAGCUGGCACCCUUUGCCAGGGCCAAGUCGCUGCCACCUUCCCCCACAACCCACUCCCCACUGCUGCAUCCCCGGGGCUUCCUGCGGCCCUCGGCCAGUCUGCCUGAGGAGGCCGAGGCCAGUGCGAGUCUGACAGUGUCCCCGGAGGCAGUGUCCCUGCCAGGGUCAGGGCCACCAUCCCCCAGCUGUGUGCCCCGACACAGCGUCGUCUGCAGCCUGUUUUACCAGCAAGCAAGUGAGGGCCCAGAGCAUGGGGCUGUGGCCACAGGGGCCAGGAGGCAUGGGGCACGGCGUCGGCACCUGCUGAAGGGUGGGUACAUUGCGCGGGCUCUGCCCGGGCUACGGGAGCCGCUCCUGGAGCACCGUGUGCUGGAGGAGGAGGCUGCCCUGGAGGAGCAGGCUGCAGUGACCCGGGAAACCUCCUUCGAGUCCGCCCUGUGGCGGCCCAGCCCAGCCACUCAUGAGGUCCCUGGCUGCAGCUGCUCCCUGGACCACGAUCUGUCAAGCACCAAAAGCCCCUCCUCGGGGGCCUGUGUCAAAGGGCAGUGUCCAUCCUCAACCCCGUCUGGGCUGACUUGUGAGGCCUCUGCCAGGGACCUGGUGCACCCCAAGGGGUCCAGGCCACUCUCAUCUGCUGGUGGAGACUGGGCACGCACUGCACAGGACAGGCCACUGCAGGAGAGUUGUGGAGCGUGCCCAGACCCUGUCAGUCCCCCUGAGCUGGGCAGUUCCCCCCAGGAAGGCUGCAACUCACCCUCAACACAGCUCCCUGGUGACGAGGCCCUGGACCUGGUUCAGGCGAGCCCCCUGCCCAGCUCCCAAGGACCCCAUGACACCUCCCUACCUGGGCAGCCCUGGCCUGGCCCCUCUCUGCAUGCCAAAGGCUUGACCCAGCAGGUAGAGUGUCCACCAGACUCCACACCCCCUCCACAGCGGCCUCAGGAGCAGGUGACUGCCCGGAAGUUCUCCUUGGGGUCCCGCCGAGGUGGCUAUGCUGGUGUAGCUGGCUAUGGCACCUUUGCCUUUGGCGGGGAUGCAGGAGGCAUGCUGGGCCAGGGUCCCCUGUGGGCCAGAAUGGCCUGGUCAGUGUCCCAGUCCUCGGAGGAUCAAGAGGAGACCAUAGCUGAGACCUCCCAGCCCCAGACUAGCCUGGGGUCACCAAGGGCCUUCCCAGAAAUGCCCUCAUGGGAGGAUGCGGAUCAGAUCUCCCUGGUGCAGAUCAGGGACCUAUCAGGAGAUGCAGAAGCAGCUGACACCAUAUCCCUGGACAUUUCUGAGGUGGACCCUGCCUACCUCAACCUCUCUGACCUGUAUGACAUCAAGUACCUUCCAUUUGAGUUCAUGAUCUUCAGGCGGGUCCCUAAGCCCUCUGAGCCACAGGAGCCAAGCUCCCCAGAGACAGAGGCUGAAGAGGAGCUGGCCAGGUUCCCGGAGACCACGUGGCCCUGGCCAGGAGAGCUUGGUCUGCGUGCUGGCCUAGAGAUCACUGAGGAGGAGCCUGAUGACCUGGUAGCCCUCCUGGGGGAGGCAGCCAUGGGCAGGAAGCGCAAGUGGUCGCCCUCACGAGACCUUUUCCAGUUCCCGGGAGGCUGUCUGUCACUGGAAGAACCUCCAGAUCGCGGGCUGCGCCAGAGGGUGAAGGCGUCCAUGGCCCACAUCUCUCGCAUCCUUAAGGGCAAGCAGCAAGGUCACGAGAGGGAAGAGCCCCCCAGGAAGAAAGCGGGCCUGGCUGCCUUCCGGCUGUCAGGCCUGAAAGGCGGGGACCACGCACCAACCUUCCUGAGGGAGCUCUCAGAUGAGGCUGUGGUCCUGGGCCAGUCAGUGACACUGGCCUGCCAGGUGUCAGCCCAGCCAGCUGCUCAGGCCACCUGGAGCAAAGAUGGGGCCAUCCUGGAGAGCAGUGGGCGCAUCCUCAUCUCCUCUACCCUGAAGAACUUUGAGCUGCUGACCAUACUAGUGGUGAUGGCUGAGGACCUGGGCGUGUACACCUGCAGCGUGAGCAACCUGCUGGGGACAGCAGCCAGCAUGGGGGUCCUCCGGAAGGCAGAGCGACCCUCUUCCUCCCCGCGCCCUGACAUUGGGGAGGUGUACGAAGAUGGGGUGCUGCUAGUCUGGAAGCCUAUGGAGUCCUGUGGCCCUGUGACAUACAUUGUACAGUGUUGUGUGGAAGGUGGCAGCUGGACCACACUGGCCUCUGACAUCUUUGACUGCUGCUACCUCACCAGCAAGCUGCCCCGGGGCGGAGUCUACACCUUCCGCACAGCAUGUGUCAGCAAGGCAGGCAUGGGCCCCUACAGCAGCCCCUCGGAGCAGGUCCUGCUGGGAGGGCCCAGCCGGCUGGUGUCUGAGGAGGAGAGUGGAGGGGGGCGGCCAGCCCAGCCCCUGCCCAGCACCAAGACCUUUGCCUUCCAGAUGCAGAUCCGGAGGGGCCGCUUCAGUGUGGUACGGCAGUGCCAGGAGAAGGCCAGCGGCCGAGCACUGGCUGCUAAGAUUAUACCCUACCGGCCUGAGGACAAGACAGCUGUGUUGCGGGAAUACGAGGCCCUCAAGAGUCUGCGUCACCCACACCUUGCCCAGCUGCAUGCUGCCUACCUCAGCCCUCGCCACCUGGUGCUCAUCUUGGAGCUGUGCUCAGGGCCCGAGCUGCUCCCUGGCCUGGCCGAGAGGGCCUCCUACUCAGAGUCCGAGGUGAAGGACUACCUCUGGCAGAUGCUGAGUGCCACCCAGUAUCUGCAUGCCCAGCACAUCCUGCACCUGGACCUGCGGUCUGAGAACAUGAUGAUCACGGAAUACAACCUGCUUAAAGUUGUGGACCUGGGCAGUGCCCAGAGCCUCCUCCAGGAGAAGGUGCUGCCCUCUGAGAGCUUCAGGGAUUAUUUGGAGACCAUGGCUCCGGAGCUCCUAGACAGCCAAGGGGCUGUCCCGCAGACGGACAUCUGGGCCAUCGGGGUGACGGCCUUCAUCAUGCUGAGUGCGGAGUACCCGGUGGGCAGUGAGGGGACCCGCGACCUGCAGAAGGGGUUGCGCAAGGGUCUCGUCCGGCUGAGCCGCUGCUACGCGGGGCUGUCAGGCGGCGCGGUGGCCUUCCUUCAGGGCACGCUGAGCGUCCAGCCCUGGGCGCGGCCCUGCGCCUCCGGCUGCCUGCAGAGUCCGUGGCUGACCGAGGAGGGCCCGCGCGGCUCCCGGCCCGCACCGGUGACCUUCCCCACCGCGCGACUGCGCGCCUUCGUGCGUGAGCGCUAGAAGCGGCGCGCGCUGCUGUACAAGAAGCGCCACCUAGCGGCGGCACGCUGACUGCCGGCUCGCCUCGUGGACCAGUGCCAUCCUAGUGUCGCGGUUGCCUGUGUGCGAGCCAACGUCCGCGCGCCUCGCAGUGGUCCCAGGACUUUGGCUCUUCUGCCUGGCUGCUGGUACCUCUCGGUCACCGACCGUGGUUGAGACACCAGACCCUACACCCACAAAUAAAAGG